CGGACACGGUGACAUCCUAACCCGGCAGUUGAAUUUCGAAACCCGUCCACGUUGGGUCGGUAGUCUUCGCUUGAGAUCCUUGCAAUAUUUUACAUUUUCGCGUCUUUUCCACCGAGUCUUUUCUUUAAAGACCGGUACGUGAUUUUGGUGAUAUUUUAGAAGAAACGCGAUACACAUCCAUCACGAUGAUGCAUGUCUCGCUCAUGCAACAACUUCCGAUGCAAGUUCCACUGGUGCAUCAACUUCCAAUAAUUCCGAUGCCACAGGUGUCGCACUUCUUUUAUCCGUACAACCCUAGUUUGGAAGACGAAAUGAAGAGAUUGUUUCAUUUCAAGGUCGAUGUACCAACCUCUCCGCCUGUCCAAAAUGUGGAGGCUGUGAUGGAAGAGUUUCGCCACAAUGGACGAGAUUUUGAAUAUUGCCCGGAUGGGGACAAUGCAGUAUCAGAGAUAACACCGCGUCGCAAGAAAAAUAAGAAACCCGCGGCUACAGAAUGCGUUUUCUGUAAAAACAAUGGAGAAAUGGAGUCUUACUACCGACAGCACACGUUGAAAUACGAGGACGGUCGUGUAUCGUGUCCAGUUUUAAGGGCCUACAAGUGUCCAAUUUGUGGUACGUGUGGCGAUGAUGCCCACACCAUCAAGUACUGUCCCAAGAGGCCGAAGGGCCUAAUCGACACGUACCAAACGGUGAACACCUUCAAGUUUCUGAAAAACUCGAUUGGCAAACGACGUUCAAAGUAAGAACGCGCGUGGGCCUCUCGUGGGUGACGAGAAGCACCCAGGUGCCAUAAGAAACUCUGCUUUUUCUCAAAGUCCUCGAAAUGCAGAUCUUUAGAGAAUAUUCGACUUCGAGCGUCUUUGCGUCAUCGGCUGGCAGGUAACGCUGUUCGAUGUGAACGAACCAAAGAUAAUAAUCGUGCCAGGAAUAAACGUAUUCCUAACAGUUCGUGCAAUUAAGUAAAAUUAGUUUUCAAAACUAGAGACAAAGGAUAGAUCGAUCGAUAUCUUACUAUUCGUAGUAAGCGUUCAGAUUUAACAUCUUGAAAGACGAAUUGUUGAGAGUAUCUCAAAUAGAGGCUGUAUCCAAAGAUCUUUGCUUAGAUUCGUAAGUUAAUUAUUUAUAUCGAGUGUGCCAUAUAAUAGUCUCGUUUGUUCCUGAACAAACUCAUCAUCGUUACGAAGAGAAAUCAUUUCGUAUACCGCCAGUGCCUUGAGAAAAGAAAUAUGUUUGAUAAUUCAAAGAUCUGAUUUUUUAAACAAAAUUCGUUUAUGUACAUUUACAUCCAUUGACCUUAGUAUAACUUACUUGAAUGUUACCCAAUAAUUCGUGAAAAUCUUUACAUUUCUUAAAGUAUUUUCUUUUUGGAAAGAUUUUUUUUUUAAAUGUCUACGAGUACUGUGAUAAUGCGAAUAAAGACUAUCCAUUUUUUAUACAACAGCCAUAGAGAUUUGUCGUUCGUGGAAGUAAACUUUUUCGAGGAGAAGAGCGACGAACGUCCCUCGAUUUGAGACAGUAAAAUCACGUUUUUUUGAUUUUAAGUUUUACACAAAGAACGUUUUUGAAAAUUCGUUCGAACUAUGUUCCGUGUUCUUGUCGUUCAUUGAUCCGUAACAGGGGUUAAUUUUUCUUUUUCCUUUCAUCGAGCAGUUCCAGUGAAUUACACUUGAUUAAGUUAAAAAUUGUAUUCUUACGGUAGACGAUAAUGCCAUUGAACUUUGAAA